CGCCCGAGCCACGUGCGCCCGCGCCCGGCAGGCGUUCAGGGAAGCGCGGCCACGCCUGGGCCGGCCACCAUUUCCCGGGCGCCGCGGCGGCGCCGACUCGCGGGCAGCGGCCCCUCUGUGCGCCCAGCCGGGCCCCCGAACGCCGGGAGCAUGAGCGCGGGCUCGGAGCGCGGGGCGGCGGCAACCCCCGGGGGUUUGCCCGCGCCCUGCGCCUCGAAGGUGGAGCUGCGGCUCAGCUGCCGGCACCUGCUGGACCGCGACCCGCUCACCAAGUCCGACCCCAGCGUGGUGUUGCUGCAGCAGGCGCAGGGCCAGUGGGUGCAGGUGGGCAGAACCGAGGUGGUCCGGAGCAGCCUGCAUCCCGUGUUCUCCAAGGUCUUCACCGUGGACUACUACUUCGAGGAGGUGCAGAGGCUGCGCUUUGAGGUGUACGACACGCAUGGGCCCAGCGGCUUCAGCUGUCAGGAGGACGACUUCCUGGGGGGCAUGGAGUGCACCCUGGGGCAGCCAGCCCGAAAGUGGCUUCUGCAAGUCGUGAUGAGAGUGUCUGUUGAUGUGCUGGGCCCUGCUGGACACUGCACUAAACACUUCCUGUGCUGCACGGAAUCCUCACACCUUGCCAAGACGGGUCCUUCUUUUUUAUUGAGGUGUGAUGACCUCUGCCUCCCCUGGGCGACUGCUGGCCCCGUGAGGUGGUGGACGUGCAGGGGUAGCCACACGCAGGGAUGGCAGAUUGUGGCCCAGAAGAAGGUGACCCGCCCGCUGCUGCUCAAGUUUGGCAGGAACGCCGGCAAGUCCACCAUCACGGUGAUCGCCGAGGACAUCUCGGGGAACAACGGCUACGUGGAGCUCUCCUUCCGGGCCAGGAAGCUGGACGACAAGGACCUCUUCAGCAAGUCCGACCCCUUCCUGGAGCUCUACCGGGUCAAUGACGACCAGGGCUUGCAGCUGGUGUACAGGACAGAGGUGGUGAAGAACAACCUGAACCCAGUGUGGGAGGCCUUCAAAGUCUCUCUGAGUUCCCUCUGCAGCUGCGAGGAGACAAGGCCUCUAAAGUGCCUGGUCUGGGAUUACGACUCCCGAGGAAAGCACGACUUCAUCGGAGAAUUCUCCACCACCUUCGAGGAGAUGCAGAAGGCCUUUGAGGAGGGGCAGGCCCAGUGGGACUGUGUGAACCCCAAAUACAAGCAGAAGAGACGCAGUUAUAAGAACUCAGGAGUGGUCGUCCUGGCUGACCUCAAGUUCCACAGGGUGUACUCCUUCCUGGACUAUAUCAUGGGCGGCUGCCAGAUCCACUUCACUGUGGCCAUUGACUUCACCGCCUCCAAUGGAGACCCGCGGAACAGCUGCUCCCUGCACUACAUCAACCCCUACCAGCCGAACGAGUACCUGAAGGCACUGGUGUCCGUGGGCGAGAUCUGCCAGGACUAUGACAGCGACAAGAGGUUUUCCGCUUUGGGGUUUGGAGCCCGGAUCCCUCCCAAGUAUGAGGUGUCCCAUGACUUUGCCAUCAAUUUCAACCCUGAGAACGAUGAGUGUGAAGGCAUCCAGGGCGUGGUGGAGGCCUACCAGAACUGCCUGCCCAGGGUCCAGCUCUACGGCCCCACCAACGUGGCGCCCAUCAUCUCCAAGGUGGCACGCGUGGCGGCGGCCGAGGAGAGCACCGGGGAAGCCUCUCAAUACUACAUCCUGCUGAUCCUGACGGACGGCGUGGUGACCGACAUGGCCGACACACGGGAGGCCAUUGUGCGUGCCUCACGCCUGCCCAUGUCCAUCAUCAUCGUGGGCGUGGGCAACGCCGACUUCACCGACAUGCAGGUCCUGGACGGCGACGACGGCGUCCUGCGCUCCCCACGGGGUGAGCCCGCGCUCCGGGACAUCGUACAGUUCGUGCCCUUCCGGGAGCUCAAGAACGCAUCCCCUGCGGCGCUGGCCAAGUGUGUGCUGGCCGAGGUCCCGAAGCAGGUGGUGGAGUACUACAGCCACAGAGGCCUGCCCCCGAGAGGCCUGGGCGUCCCUGCCGGAGAGGCCAGCCCAGGCUACACACCGUGAAGACGUGGAGGGCGUCGGGGGUGGGGGGGCAGUGAGGAGUGGGUCCGUACAGCCUCUGCCUCCAACAUGCUUGGGGUCCCUUAAGCUCCCUCCGACCUCCCAGAAGCCGCCAGUCCCCACCAGGCUCCACUCCCAGUCCUCCUGGGAUCCUGCUGGCUUGGGCCCGGCUCUGGGGCCCCCAAGGCCAAAGGGUGACAAAAUACAGGCCCCCAUGCGUGGCCCUGCCUGAGCCAGGUGGGUGGAGGGAGGGAGAUCACGAGGGACUUGCAGGGAGCUGGGAGUUCAUCCAGGGGAGACCCUGCCCCGAUGAGAAGGGGCAGGGACUGGGGGCUCUGCUUUGCGUCUAAUCUUUGUGGGGGAGGGGCCAGCAAGGCAGCCCCCCAGCGCCCGAGAAAGCCCGGGGGACCCAGACACCUGUCCCCACAGUCAAAGCCUGGGGACCCAGACAUCCUGUCCCCACAGUCAGCCUCCUGUCCCUGCUGGUGCCCCCACACCCACCUACCCUAUGCUUUUUGCCGUCGGGCCUCUGCACCUGGGUCCAUGGGGUCUGCGGGGUCUGCCUGGCCUGUGGGUUCUGCCGGUGGGGCUUCAGGAGUAAUAAAGUGUCACCCUACCCUUGUA